UCCAUAUUUGGGGUGGCUGCUAGUCUUUUUGGCCACAUUUUUACUUCUUCUAAUGCAAAACCAAAUGGUAGCAGCACAUUCACUGCGCCACAAGAUUCAUCACCCUGGAACUCCAACAUACGUGACCAAGAAACUAUACUUCCCAAGCUUCAACCUAAACCUAAACCCUUAUUACUCCAUUGAUCAGGACAUCAAGCUUUUAGGAAACGCCAAAGUUUCAGAAGAUGCCAUUCAAAUCCCAGAUGUAUCAGCAACCGCUGAUCCCACAUAUCAAGCAGGCCGAGCGAUCUAUGCCUCCCCUAUCCGCCUCUUUGACCCAUUAACCCAAACCCCAGCUUCCUUCCAAACCACCUUCUCUUUCAAAUUCACCUCCACCUCCACCUUCACCUCUGACGGGUCAGUUUCUGCCAAUGUUCGCGGUGGCAACGGCCUCGCUUUCGUCAUCGUACCGGACGAGUUUAACGUCGGAAAACCAGGCCCUUGGCUCGGCAUCCUCAACGACGCAUGCGACCACUACAAGGUCUUCGCGGUGGAGUUCGACACGAGCCGCGACCCGGAAUUCGGGGAUCCCGACGACGACCACGUCGGCGUCAACCUCGGCAGCAUUGUUUCCUUCAAGACCGCGAGUUCAUCAAAAGCCAACGUUUCCCUCCACAACAAUACUGUCAGCCACCGAGCUUGGAUAGCUUAUGAUAGUCAGAGUAGAAGGAUCGAAGUUCACCUCGGAAAGGACGGUGAGCGUAAACCCUCAGAACCAAUACUAUCUUCGCCGCUAAAUCUCUCUCCUUUCCUUCAAGAAUACAUGUUUGUUGGGUUCUCGGCCUCCACGGGAAGUCAAACGCAAAUACAUAGCAUUUUAUCUUGGAACUUUUCGUCUUCAAAUAUAGCUUUGCUUCCAAAACCUUCGGCGAAAAUUUGCCGUAAAAAUGUUGCUCACCAAGUCUCCAAAUAUACCCGUAUAGGCUACACUGCCCCACCGAGCAGCUUUAUGAUCUUUGUUGCUGUCAUUGGACUUUUUACGGUGGCUUUUAUCUGUUUCUAUUGCAACAGUACGCGCAGGGAGAGCGCAGUGUCUUCUGUUCUUCUGGUUGAUAAGAAGCAGAAGCCGACGCCGCCUAACAAACCUCGCCGGUACACGAUUCUGGAGGUUUUCAAAGCCACACGGGGUUUUAGCAAACUAGAAAUCUUGGGAAGUGACCACAGAGGUGUUUCGUAUAGAGGUACACUUCCUAAUGGUUGUCAUGUGACGGUGAAGCGGUUCUCGAGUCAGUUGCUGAACUCCUCGCACUUGGACUCGAGCCGAAUUUUGAAGAGAAUCAAUGAUUUAUCCCAAAUUUCUCAUCGGAAUUUUGCUCGGAUUCGCGGGUGGUGUUGCGACAACCGGGAGACGAUUAUCGUGUAUGAUUAUUUUCGGAAUGGAAGUCUAGACCGAUGGUUGUAUGGACUCGGCGUUCUUCCUUGGAGUCGGCGACUCAAACUCAUCAAAGAGAUUGCCGAGGCACUAUGUUUCCUCCACUCAAAAGGACUCACUCAUGGAAACUUAAAGACAAGCAGCGUCUUCCUCGAUGUUAAUUAUCAAGCUAUAUUGGGUGAUUACGGUUUCCUCUUCUUUUUGGGUAAGGCUAAAUCAGCCAUUGCUGGCAAGAAAGGAGACGUGUUUGGGUUCGGAAUGCUCGUUUUGGAAGCUGUUUUUGGAAAAAAGUUGGACUUGAUCGGAGGUGAGGGAGAGACGAUGGGUCUGUUAGAUUUUGCAUGGAGCACGUAUGAGAGGGGAAAGAAGGGGAAGAUGGUGGAAGAGAAGGUGGGAAUAUGCGGUAACUGGGAGCAGGCCAUCCGGCUUUUGGAAAUCGGUUUGAGUUGUAGUUUGAGUGAGAACAAUGGGAGGCCGUGUAUGGAAGAGGUAGUGCAGUACUUGAAUACACAGAAGCUGAUUCCUAAGCUGCCGCUUAGACAACCUGUCGAGUUGUUUCCGACACAAAGUACUGCUGGGCUUGGUCUCUCUCCAAAGCUCUCAACCUGAGGGAUAUUGUGCUGUCUUUCUGUGUGUGAUUCUCCGACCCCAUCCUCCUCCCAAUGUCCCUCAAAUUCUACGUGUCAUGUCAUUGCAAUUCAAAAAUCAAUCUCCAUAUAUCAAAUAUUGUGGGAACUACGUACGCUAGAUAGGAUUAUGGGAUGAGAGGGGAUGAAGGUGAUGUAUAUUAAUGCAUGAACAUAAAUUAGCUACAAAUUAAUUCCUAUAAACUAGUCUAAUAAAGUAACAUCUGUCUCUUAGUUGGUGAGAAAUACAUGUAUUUUUUUUUUUUUAAUAUUAAAUGUUUCUCACAUGUUUUAGGAACAUAUGUUACUUUAUUAGACUGAUUUGUAGCUAAUUUAUGUCUGUAAUGCAUGCCUUUAGUACAUUUUUUUUUUAAUCUUUUUUUGUUAAUAAGAUUUUGUUUAUAGUGUU